CACGUCAGAGCUUGCCAAAGUAUACCUACGGUUGCCCGAAAGCCCUGAAGGCAUUUGCACCGACGAUAAAGAACUCACUAGCGGCAGCGAUCUCUCUCAUCGGGAUCAUUGCAACGAGAAAACAAGAGAAAUGGCUUGCUCUAUUUUGGGUGAUCGUCUUCGCGACUUGGAUGGCAGUUUGUAUAGUUUAAAGGACCUUAUUACGUCACUGUGACGUUGUAGUGGGGUAAUUUUUGGAUGACACAGUCAGGUGGGGGUAAGGAUUGUUAUGCUACGCCCACUAGAAGUACUUGAGGUACGAAACUACACCACUUCUUACUCUGAAUACACAUGCAAACAGAUUUUUUAGAAUUGUAUGAACCAGAAUUAAUUUUGCAAGAAAUGUUAUAAUCGUACCCUUAUGGUGCUAGUUUGGAAAACAAUAAUUUCACCAUUCUUUAAUUAAUGAUAUUGCAGCUGCAUUGGUUACAAAACCCUUUACAGUUACCUAAUUAUUCAAUUGAAUAUAGUCUAACGUUAAUAUAAAAUCAUUAUCAACGUCUUUGUCUAAAAUAUACUGGUAUCAUGGCAUCUGCCUUAUCAAAUCGUAGUACACGACUUGUAUCCUCAAUAUUGAGAUUUUUAAAAGAUGAAUUGGAUAAAGUCACUCCUGAACAAGCGGAAAGCUUAGAAGUAUCUAUUCAAUGUUUAAGAUUGGCUUAUGACGUUACAGAGGAAGACAGUGAUGAGCCAAGUCUUCUCGAUAUAUAUAUUAAAGCUGUCCCACAGGAAGAAAUCAAACCAAUCUCUGAAGAACAAAAAGCUGAAGCAGAAAAAUUAAAGCAACAGGGAAAUGAGUUUAUGAAGAAAGAAAUGUUUGAUGAAGCAGUAGGAAGUUACACCAAAGCAAUUGAUGUUGAUUCUAUGAAUGCAGUAUAUUACUGCAAUAGGGCAGCUGCAUAUACUGGAUUAGAAAACCAUGAAUCUGCUUUAAACGAUUGUAAGAAGGCACUAAUUAUUGAUAGUAAAUACAGCAAAGCUUACAGUCGGAUGGGACUGACAUAUUCUAAACUGGAAAAUUACGAACAAGCUCUUGAAUGCUAUGAAAGGGCAUUGAAGUUAGAUCCCACAAAUGAAGGUUACAGAAAAAAUAUGCAAAUAGCAAAGGAAAAAUUAGAUGAAAUCAAAUCAAAUAUGACUUCUGGACCUGGUAUGCCGGAUUUAUCACAAAUUUUCCAAAAUCCUGCUUUGAUGAACAUGGCUCAACAGGUUAUGAGCGAUCCAAACAUGCAACGAAUGGCAAUGAAUAUGAUGGGUGGCUUUAUGGGAAGAGGACAAGGUGAAGAACAGAGUGCAGAACCACAACAAAGCGGUGAUUCAGCUCAGACAGUACCUGACAUAUCAGAUAUGCUGCAAAUGGGCCAGCAGUUUGCUUCCCAAGUUUCGCAACAGCAUCCAGAGUUGAUUGAAAAUUUGAGAAAUCAAAUGAAUAGACCACCAGGUUCUAGUGAUAAUAACGAGAGUGAAGGAAAUUGAAGAGCUGGACUGUCUUGCAGAGAUUGAUGGUUCUUGCCUUCCAAGAUUUAUUCUAUGACUACUUCAGUGUGGCAAUGUGGAUAAUCGUAAUAAUAUAAAUUUGUUCUAUGGUGAAUAAGCUUCAAACUUGUUUUGAAUUAAGAGUAUUUAUGAUAAAGUUUUCUCAGGUCAUUGGAUGAACCUUUUAUGCUCUCCUGUUAUAUCAGUUGGCUGGCCUUGGUUAGGUUGAUAAAUUCUUGAAUGUGAUCUUUUAUUGUGUAGAGAUUAUUGUUAACAGAUUGUUUCAUUAGUUGUUUUCGUCCAUGGAUUGUUUUCAAUUUCUGCACCAAAUCAUACGCUGCAAUUAAAUGUGCCUGGAUUCCAAAAUAAUUUUUUCAUGUGAAACAUCUCUAUUUGUCUGUCUAAUAAUUUCAAUAAUUCGCAUGUCCUGCCAUGAAAAGUUUCAAAAGUAAA